AACCAAUUUAACAUUUUAACCCUUUCUCUUUUUCUCUUUCUGUUUCAGUUGAUCUUUCGCUUGGUAUAAGCAGAUGAACAGAACAAACAGUGUGGUUCCAUACCCAAUUUCUUAGAUGUCUGGACCGUCUACACGCUCAGGAAGACUAUCGUCCAUGCAGCAUGAACAAUCAGCAAGGGCAAAAUGGACAUCAUCUCUUACCAAGGUGUUAGUUGAUCUGAUGGCUGACCAGAUUCAGCAGAGGAACAGUCAAAAGAUUACUUUUAAUAACAAAUGGAAGUAUAUAUGUGAUGAGUUUUAUAGCAGAACUGGUUUGAGAUGGGAUAAAGAACAACUUAAGUAUCGAUGUGCUGUUUUGAAGAAGUUGUAUUGCACCGUGAAGUCGCUUCUUGAUCAAGGAGAAUUCUGUUGGGAUGAAAGCACUGGUGCUAUUAAAGCCAAUGAUGAAGUAUGGGAUCAGUACAUAAAGGAACAUCCUGAUGCUGAUACGUUGAGAGCUUCUGGAUGUCCAAUCUAUAAACAAUUGUGCAUAGUGUUCACGGAAACUGGUAAAAAUGAAAACACCAUUGGAUUCACUGAAAAGGGUGGAGUUUUAGAUCCGAUGAGCAAUGUUACAGAGGACUGCUCAACAGAAUCAGAGGAAGUGGCUUGUGUAACAAAUGAGCAAGAAAAACCUAAAUGUGUAUAUACCCCUCAUCCAGUCAACCGAAAGAGAGGACGAAAGGGAUUUGAAGAUACAAUGGCUGAUGCUAUCUUCGAAAUGGCAGCUGCUUCGAGAAUGAGAGCAGAAGCAAUUCAGCAAUGCAGUCAAAGAUUUACCAUAUCUAAAUGUGUUGAUGCUUUGGAUGAGUUGCAAGGUAUUGAUGAAAAGGUCUACUUUGCUGCUCUUGAUCUUUUCAAUAAUCCAAUUGCAAGGGAGAUGUUCUUAUCACUGAAAGCUGAGAAGCGGUUGAUGUGGUUGCAGAGUAAGUGCAAAUUACCCUCUAGUUCUUAGGGUUAGGUUAACUUGCUGAUACACAAUAAGUUUAGUAGCUGAAACUUGCACAGAUUUAAGAAAAAUUAUAGGUAUUGACUUUCUAAAGCUAGGAGUUCAUUAGAUUUUGUUCAUCAUUCAAGGUGUUAGAUACUUCCAAGUAGAUCAAAGAAGAAUAGAGGAUCGAGUGUUUGAUUAGAGCUACA